ACACACGCACCGGCGCGCACACACACGCACAGGCACACCCGCACACCCACACACACACACACACACACACACCCCCCCCCGACAUCUCCCGGCUGCUUAUUGGAUUGACUUUGAAGGUUGUGUGUGUGAUUCAAGGAGGCUGCAUGUUGAACCAGGUGGUGAAUAUUUAAGGCUGGAAGAAGUAAAGGGAUUUUUUCUUUUUCCUGUGAAGGGAAAAUAUCUCAAGGACUAGUCUGACCAUCCAAACAGCUAAAUGUUUAUUAUCAGGAACGGAUGCAGGGGACUGUGAACUGAGUAGUGCAAGUGCUGAAGAAGGAGGUUUGUUUUGAGGAAACGGGAAAGAGGAAGAAAAGAGAAGGGAAAAAUACAUAAUUUUAAGGAAGAAGGAGAGAAAAAAAAACGGGGACUAUGGGGAGAAAAAAGAUUCAGAUUACAAGGAUUAUGGAUGAACGUAACAGACAGGUGACAUUUACAAAGAGGAAAUUUGGGUUAAUGAAGAAGGCUUAUGAGCUGAGUGUUCUGUGCGACUGUGAGAUUGCUCUGAUCAUCUUCAACAGCACCAACAAACUGUUCCAGUAUGCCAGCACUGAUAUGGACAAAGUGUUGCUCAAAUACACCGAGUACAAUGAGCCACAUGAGAGUCGAACGAAUUCGGAUAUUGUUGAGACGUUGAGAAAGAAAGGACUUAAUGGCUGUGACAGUCCAGACCCCGAUGCAGACGAUUCAGCAUUGAACAAGAAAGAAAACAAAGGUUGUGAAAGCCCCGAUCCUGACUCCUCUUACGCUCUCACCCCACGCACUGAAGAAAAAUACAAAAAAAUAAAUGAAGAAUUUGAUAAUAUGAUCAAGAGCCAUAAAAUACCUGCUGUUCCACCACCAAACUUUGAGAUGCCAGUUUCUAUCCCAGUGUCCAACCACAACAGUUUGGUAUACAGUAACCCAGUCAGCUCACUGGGAAACCCCAACCUCUUGCCGCUGGCUCAUCCUUCUUUGCAAAGAAAUAGCAUGUCUCCUGGCGUGACACAUCGGCCUCCAAGUGCAGGUAACACAGGUGGCCUGAUGGGUGGGGACCUCACAACCGGUGCAGGCACCAGUGCAGGAAAUGGAUAUGGCAACCCCCGCAACUCACCAGGUCUGCUGGUCUCACCUGGCAACUUGAACAAGAAUAUGCAAGCAAAAUCUCCACCUCCGAUGAAUUUGGGAAUGAACAACCGUAAACCAGAUCUCCGUGUGCUGAUUCCACCUGGCAGCAAGAAUACAAUGCCAUCAGUGAAUCAGAGGAUAAAUAACUCCCAGUCUGCUCAGUCAUUGGCUACUCCAGUGGUUUCCGUAGCAACUCCUACUCUACCAGGGCAAGGGAUGGGAGGAUACCCAUCAGCCAUCUCAACAACAUAUGGUACUGAAUAUUCUCUGAGUAGUGCAGAUAUAUCAUCUCUCUCUGGGUUUAACACAGCCAGUGCUCUUCAUCUUGGUUCUGUGACUGGCUGGCAACAGCAACACCUACAUAACAUGCCACCAUCUGCCCUCAGUCAAUUGGGAGCUUGCACUAGCACUCAUUUAUCUCAGAGUACAAAUCUCUCCCUGCCUUCUACUCAAAGCCUCAACAUCAAGUCAGAACCUGUUUCUCCUCCUAGAGACCGUACCACCACACCCUCGAGAUACCCACAGCACACGCGCCAUGAGGCGGGGAGAUCUCCUGUUGACAGUUUGAGCAGCUGUAGCAGUUCCUACGAUGGAAGUGACCGAGAAGAUCACCGGAACGAAUUCCACUCCCCCAUUGGACUCACCAGACCUUCGCCGGACGAAAGGGAAAGCCCCUCUGUCAAGCGCAUGCGGCUCUCUGAAGGAUGGGCGACAUGAUAACAUUAUUACCUAUUAGUUUUUUGUUUUUUUUUUUUUUCUUGCAGUGUGUGUGUGCUAUACCUUAAUGGGGGAGGGGGGGUCGAUAUGCAUUAUAUGUGCCGUGUGUGGAAAAAAAAAAAAAAAGUCAGGUACUCUGUUUUGUAAAAGUACUUUUAAAUUGCCUCAGUGAUACAGUAUAAGGAUAAACAGAAAUGCUGAGAUAAGCUUAGCACUUGAGUUGUACAACAGAACACUUGUACAAAAUAGAUUUUAAGGCUAACUUCUUUUCACUGUUGUGCUCCCUUGCAAAAUGUAUGUUACAAUAGAUAGUGUCAUGUUGCAGGUUCAACGUUAUUUACAUGUAAAUAGACAAAAGGAAAACAUUUGCCAGAAAAGGCAGAUCUUUACUGAGAGAGAAAGCAGCUGUUAUGCAACAUAUAGAAAAUGUACAGAUGUUUUGACAGACCCAGCGGUUGGGUGGCCAUGAAUUGAUGCUAGAAAGAGACUGGGUCACCUAACAUAACCGAAAAUGCUCACAAACAUGCAGGCAUAUCAUUACAGUAUGGCACUCAGUUAAAAAGGAUCAAAACAGUUAAAAGAGGACCAUACUUGUAAAAAUGCUGAGUUCGAGGGCUAACAUAUUUAAUUUUAAGAUUCUGGGUCUGCAUCACUUAUUAAAUAAAAAAAAAAAUAUAAAAAUAUGUACAUUACAUUUUGCUUAUUUUCAUAUUAAAAAGUAAGACAGAGUUUGCAAAGCAUUUGUGGCUUUUGUAGUUUCCUUAAGCCAAAAUGUGUUCUUUUCUCCUUGAUAGCUUCGCUGAUCUUUUAAACAGUCCUGAAGAAACAAACAGAAAGGACUUUUUGUAUAGAAAGCACUACCCUAAGCCAUGAAGAACUCCAUGCUUUGCUAACCAAGAUAACUGUUUUCUCUUUGCAGAAGUUUUGUUUUUGAAAUGUGUAUUUCUAAUUAUAUAAAAUAUUAAGAAUCUUUUAAAAAAAUCUGUGAAAUUAACAUGCUUGUGUAUAGCUUUCUAAUAUAUAUAAUAAUUAUGGUAAUAGCAAAAGUUUUUGUUAUCUUAAUAGUGGGGAAUUAUAUUUGUGCAGUUGCACAUUUAACUAUUUUCUUUCGGUUUUUCUUUUACUGGGUAUACAUUUUACAGAUCGAAGUCAGCUCUUGAAAGACUGAUCUGUAAAAAGUUAGAAUUUACCCAUGGUGUAACAACUUAAAUCAUUUUAAUACAGCAUUUUACAAUCAGUUGGGUGAACUGCGAUCCAUUGUAUAUACUGAUUAGUUCUUUCAUGCUGUUUUGUGCAUUGUAACAAGUUAAGGGCCCUUCUAUUACUUAACGUCCUGCGUAUCUUGUAGCUUUCCAUGGGUUAAAUGACAAAGUGGCAUAACUUGGCCCUUUCUCAUUAAUGAAGCUGGUAUUCUGCCUGUCAGAAUUGGAUGUACAGCUCUAACGGCUGUCAGUUUACGUGAGUGCAGGUGAAUAUUUGCAGAAGCGGUCGGGAGAGUGAAAGGGAGGAGCGGGCAUGAGCACGCCUGGUACAAAGGUUACUCCCCUCUCUCACAGGUUUAAAACUCUUCGAGAGGUCAUCAGUUAAAGGACCGAUCAAAAGCCGAUGGAUCUUGCGCAGCCAAUGUUGGCCGUCAGGUCCCUGGUCCUCAUGGGCCUCGGCGGCCACGUCACCUCACAGCGGGCGCGUUGUUGAGCAACGUCCCUCCCUGUGUGUUUGCAGCCUAGCGAGAUUUGCUUCAGCGUAUGACAUCCACAUUUUCCCCUGUCUCAUACUGUUCCUUUGACUAAAAUAGCUUGGCCAGAGGGAACGUAUCAUUUCUUUAAGUCCCUCUUUGUCCCUCUUGCUUAUUAGAAGACAACGGUAUAGUCAAACCUGUCAGUUCAACCUUUCUGCUGAAGGGAAAAAGCGUUUAAGCAAAAUGUUAGUGCCAUAGUAAAACUGUAAUACUUCUCCUUUUUCCAAGAGUCCUUCCAACUCUCACCUACAUACAUUGACACUAUGAUGAAGGGUGUAGCUGCGACAGCUAAAUAUCGACACGGAAUAUUUUGUUAAGGGAAAUCCACGCUCUUACUUCCCACCCAUACACGCGGUUGCUGUGCACUGCUCAGUGUUAGAGUGUACCUCUCUGUAGUAGGGAACGAUGAACAGACUACAGUGUGCGUUAGGACAAAUGCUUUUCACUUAUCAUGACUUUAUAGAAGCCUGCCUUACAGGCACUCUCAGCCGUGCAGGGGCUAGUGCAUAACCUGGAGACUCUUUAAGCGGAAUACUGUGCUACUAAUGCAACCAUCUUAUCUUGCGUAGCAAUCUGCAGGGUAAAGAAAGAGAUACGCAUGUUU